CUUCUAGAUCGAAGUUGCACCAUGACAUGGCGGAAUAAUUUUUAGCUGAGUCAACGCAGCGACAACGCAGGACUAUAAAUACAUUCUCAUUUGCUCUUUAGGCGUUGUCCACUCGCGCAUUCAACAAACUCUACGCAGCAAAUCAAGUGCUUUAAUACAAGAAUAUGGCGCCAAAAAAUCUUAAGCUCACCUACUUUGAUGCAAGAGGUAGAGCUGAAAUCAUUCGUCUGGUUCUAGCAGCCGCUGGUCAGAAGUUUGAAGACAUCAGAAUAACACAAGAACAAUGGCCGUCUGAAAAAACUAAAACACCAUUUGGACAGGUUCCGGUCAUUGAAAUUGAUGGCAAGAAAUACGGUCAAGGUUUGGCUAUAGCUACUUAUUGCGCACGGGAGUUUGGUCUGUAUGGAAAAAGUAAUUUAGACGCCUUACAGAUUGAUCAAGUUGUCCAACUGGGAGUCGAUUUUAAAACCGCCGCAGCCAAACUACUUUAUGAAAAAGACGAAAAGAAAAAGGAAGAGAUCUUGAAAAGUCUGAAAGAAGUAGAGGUACCAAAAUAUUUGGGCUUCUUUGAAAAACUUUUAAAAGAAAAUAAAACUGGCUACUUCGUGGGGAAUUCUUUAACUCUGGCAGAUCUUUACGUCUAUGACACAAUCUACUUUAUGGUGAAAAAAGGAAUUCUAACCACAGAAGGCUUCCCUCAUCUUCAAGAACUUUAUAAAAAAAUUGUGAACCAUGAUAAACUGAAACCUUACUUAGAAAAAAGAAAAGAUACUGAUAUGUAAUUUACCCCACCUCACCCAUUUCCCCUCCAGAAAAAAAAAGAAAAAAAAAAGUUUGCAUUCUUCUCAUUUACAAAGACAAAGUAGAUAAAAUUAAUAACAUCUGCAUUGUGUAUAUUGACAGUUUUGUUUAAGUAUUUGGGUAAAAUACAUAUUUUCAUUGAAUGAGAUUGUUUUAAAUAUGAAUUUUUUUAUAAUGACUUUUUUUGGUAUAAAACUUGUCAUUAAAAUUAAGCUUAGACUUAAUUUAUUUCUCGCGUGUCAAGAAUAUGAAGUUGUGGAUAUUAUUUUAUUAUUUGUGAAUGUUUGUUACCUUCUACUUACCUGACAUGGAAUAAACGUCUGCUGAUACUCGAGACGCAAAUAAAAUAC